GAGCUAUCAUAUAUUAUUGCGGAAGUUCUAAAGAAUGCUUCGUUGCAUGGUAUUGACACGUCUCUCACCCGUCUGGUUUUGGUUCCUUUGUUUCCAACAAGACAUCCUGCACAACUGCACAAUUUACAAAGUUAAAGCUUUCCACUAGUGUCUGUCUGCACAGCUUCUAAUAUAAGGUAGUAGAAACAACAAAUAACAUCAGAGAACAACAGCAACAUGCUUAAUGAAAAAAUAUAAUUUUAAGCAUGACUUUCUGAAGUGUGUUACUGUGUUCAUGAUUCUGACUGUAAGGACCCUUCAGUGAAACUCAGUCAGUGUUUUUCAGGACGAGCAGCUCUGUGUCUUUCAUUUCAUAUGUGAAUUUACAGAAAGUGAAGAACAUGAACUCCAGACUCUCUCCUCUGAUCCUGCUGCUGCUGCACAUUCCAGGCUUUGUAACAUUGGACCUCUUCCCUGUGACCUGUAGUCAAAAGAGUAUUUGUGCUGUGAAGGGGUCUCAGGUGACAUUGAAGUGCUCUUACUCCUACAUCAACACCAAAACUGUGUUCUGGUUCAGCCAAAAACAAAGUCCAAACUGGAGAAAUAACAGCGAACCUGAAGAUUUGACUUUAGACUCAGACUACUCAGGAAGAGUAAAGCCAUUCAUCAGUCAUUACCAAUCAGAGCUCAUAAUUUCAGACCUGAGAGAGAGAGAUUCUGGAGAAUAUCAGCUCAUGUUCAUGAAGGAUGGAGUUAAACAUCUCGGCUCAGUCGCUGUCAAUCUAACAGUCACAGACCUGCAGGUGAGGAUGAAUCCUGCAACUACAGACCUGAGAUAUGAGACAGUAAAACUGACCUGUGAUUCUUCCUGCACCUCUGGAGAUUGGUAUUAUUAUUACUGGAUGAAGGAUGGACAGUAUUUCACACGUACAGUGUAUCGCAACAUAUAUCUGUCACUGAACAGAGAUGCUGUCAGCUAUUCCUGUGCUCUUGAUCAAACACAUCUUUUCUCUUCUCUGUGUAUUUCUAAGAGUGGCUGCUGGGAUGUGACUUACACCUCUAGAAGAGUCUGUGCUUUGAUGGGAUCAACAGUAGACAUUUCCUGCACAUACUCACAUCCCUCUGGUUAUAAUGUAAAUAAAACAUUCUGGCAUUACGGUACACCUGGUGACUUCAAGGAUCUGCGUGAGGAGCGUCAGUUUGCUGGUCGUGUGGAGUAUGUGGGGAACACACUGAGAAUCAAAGAGCUCAAGAUGAACGACUCUGGAGAAUAUCGAUUCAGGAUCAUCACUGACACAACAGGAGGAAAAUACUCUGGAUCUCCUGGAGUCAUUCUUACUGUUACAGAUAUGAUGGUGACAAGCAGUCCAGACAUUAUAUCAGAGGGACAGGAAGUGAUAUUAAUCUGUUCAACUAAAUGCACUCUGAACGACAAACACACUUACAUCUGGUACAAGAACGGACGGCAGGUAACGGAUGGAUUCACUAAAGACAACAAGCUGUACCUGGACUCAGUCAGUGAUGAAGAGCUUAAAAAGUAUUCCUGUGCUGUAGGAGACCGAGAUCAGAGCACAGCACUACGAAACACUGCAGUCGUACUGUGUGUGUUUUUGGUUCUCGCACUCAUAGGAGUCCUGUGGUAUAGGAGGAGAAGGUGUACCUUGUCUAAACCCCACAGGGUUGAAAAGGAGGAGGUGCUGUAUGACUCGGUGACUAAUAUCCCUGCAUCCUCUGACCUCACUCAGAAAGCAGAUGCCUACAAUCAAGAUAUUAAUUAUUCCAGCAUUAGUUUUAAAGCAAAAGAUAUAUCUUCAAUCCCUACAGCUUUAUGUGAAACAGAUGCCACAGAAACAGAGGCUGUCCACUAUGCCACUGUCAUGUUCAAAUAGCACACUGUUGCGCUCUAGUGAGCUAAUCAUAUUAUUGCAUUUGGGAUAUGUAAUAUAUUGUCACCAGCAAUAGAUUUCUUUUUCAUGUAUCACUUUGCACUCUCUCUCUCAUCGCAUAAUAAAACAAUUAGAGCUCAAAUCAAUAUUUUAUGUCCAUU